GUCCGAUUCACAAAAUUUUCACAAGUUCUGACGUGUAAUUUAAGAAAUACAAAUCAAAAUCGUUUUGUCUGCUUGAGGCUUUUUCUAAACAAAUUCAACUAUAGAGAACCUCUUACUUGAGUGAAAUAGAGAUCAAAACCAGAAAAAUGAGUCCAAGCUUUGAGCUCAGUGAUCUGGAAAAGUUAACGUUGAAGGCAAAGCAAACACAAGAUGAUUUACUGAAAGAGAUACUUACUCUCAAUGCCAACACAGAGUAUCUCCAGCAGUUUCUUCAUGGAAGCUCUGAUAAAACCUUUUUCAAGAAAAACGUACCGUUGGUGAGCUAUGAAGAUGUGAAGACUUAUAUUGAACGUGUCGCCAAUGGAGAGCCUUCAAAUGUUAUUUCGGGUGGACCCAUUACUAGAUUUCUCCGAAGCUCCGGAACUUCAGGGGGAAAACAAAAGAUAGUUCCUGUUAAUGAUGAAUACAUUGAGAAGCUGGGAUAUCUUUUGGCUACACACUCUCUCAUUAUGUCCAAGUAA